AUGAUUCUUCUCGAAGCUGCCCUUUGGGUCACUCCCUUGGUCACCGACUGUUGCAUUUUUUUUCUCACUCUUUGGCGAACUCGAACAUUUAUCAGGCGGUCAAGAAGGACACCAACAAUUCACCUUUUCUUGCGAGAUGGUCUCAUGUACUUUCUUGUGAUUUUCAUGGCAAACCUAUUAAACACUCUUAUAUUCUUUCUCGGACCGUCCGAUUUGAAAGCUGUUGGUGCAUCUUUCAGUCAAUUGAUCACCGCAACCAUGAUAUCCCGGCUUGUCCUCAACUUGCGAUCUCUCUCUUAUGUCUCCGAUAGUCACGACGCUGCACUGCUACCUUCACGAAAUAUUGAUACCCACGUAAACGUAUCCGCAUUCGUAGCACGAACGAUAGGAAAUCUCGGAGAAGACAUGGAAACUUUCCUCGAUUUCAGCGAGAAGGGGGACGACAUUCCCCUCAAGAAGACCGAUUACCGGUCGCAAUUAAACGACAUGGAUACCCCCUGGUCGGAAUCAAACGACAUGGAUACCCGCUGGUCGGUGCAGCCGUCGCGUGUUCUGGAAAUCUCGUAG